AUGGAAGCCGAUUGGAGGAGAAUUGACAUCGAUGCAUUCGAUCCAGAGAGCGGCAGACUGACCGCUGCCGAUCUAGUACCACCAUACGAAACCAUUGUCACAUUACAAGAAUUACAACCUCGAAUGAAUCAAUUGCGCUCGCUGGCCACAAGUGGUGACUCUGUGGGAGCCGUUCAAUUACUCACAACCGAUCCUCCAUACAGUGCAGACGCUCCAACGAAGGAGCAAUAUUUUGGGAGCGUGCUUGAAGCCUUGACACAAGUCAGACAAGCCGAUAUUGGUAAUGUAAUCAAAACUUUGAGUGAUUCUCAGAAAGACGUGUUGGUGAAGUACCUUUACAAGGGAAUGUCCGUACCUCAUGGCCAGAAACAGGGGGGUGUCUUGCUUGCUUGGUUGGAAAAAAUUACUCAAGUCAGCGGUGUCACACCUAUUGUUCAUUAUAUAUCGGAUAGAAGAACUGUAUGA